AAUUUGGCGUUGAUUUCCUAUAUCAUAGUAAAAGUGCAUUUUUUUUCCUUCGUUUUUUGUGGGAGGAGUCAAGGGAAGUGAGUUUAUUGUUUUUGUUAUUUUCCCUCCAAGCGAGUAUCAUUUGUUGUGUGUGAACUGUGCUCAGCAUCGCGUGGGUGAUUAACGAACGGCGUUUUCCUUUGCUGCAAUCACAAAUGGAAGAACCUACCUUCGAGAUCUAAUCCAUUCCAUCAUGAAGCGUAUUUGGACAUUGCGAACCUUAGAGCGUGAAAAUGUUGCAACCAAUGAUGCUUUGGAUUCCGAGGUAGCAGCUGGCUCGUCCAAGAAGAAUCGGACAACUUCUGCUAAUGCCAGUGCCUUGAAGCUUACCUGUGAACUUCUCCGGGUUUUUGUUACAGAGGCUGUUCAGCGUGCUAUUGCUAUUGCAGAGACUGAGGGUGAUAGUCAAAUAGAAGCCACUCAUUUGGAGAGUAUUCUUCCUCAGUUGCUUCUAGAUUUCUAAAGCAUUUGAUGAUUUGAAAUACCCAUCUGUAACUAUUACUCUCCCUAUCAUGGAUCUAGUGAAAAAUUGAUCAAGAUUUUUGGUGAAAGGUUGUAUCAGAUACAGCUAAUUAUCUUAAUGGAAAUUUAAAGGGAAUGUUUCUCUUGCUUCUUUAU